AUGCCAGGCCUCUUGCGCAAACUGGUUAUCGUCGCCGCGGUCGAUGGGCUGAUUCUGCACGGAAAUGGCGCCAACGGACUGCGGCCUAAUCAUAAUGGAAGCAACAAUGAGGCGUCCUCCAUUCGAAUCGAUUACAAAACGAACAAGAUCACAGCAUUGCCCGCCCCGUCCGAGUCACUAGAGGGGCAGGACGUACUAGACGCAUACGGACUCGUUGGCCUUUUAUCUGUCGCAUCCUAUUCAUUCCUAGUCUCUAUCACUCAGCGACAACAGGUCGCCCAAAUUCAAGGCCGCCCUGUUUACGCCGUGACUAAUGUCGCUAUAAUCCCCAUCUCCUCCAAAGCAGACGCCACCCGCGCAAUUGCACAGGCCCGGAAGGAUGUCUCACAGGGUGAUCCAGAUCUUGACUCGCCUUCUGAGGAGGAGGAGGUCUCGGAUAAUGUGACUGAUGGGGCGGAGACGGAAAUCAGCAGCGCGCCAUCCUCGCCUGUUCGUGAGACAUACCAUGCUCGCGGGCUGAGUGUUGGUAGUAUCGCCGAGGAUGUAAUUGGGAAGCGCGUGCAAUUUGGCCGGUUUGCGGCGAAUUGGCUGUCGCGUAAGAAUUUGGGCUUGCCUCGGCCUGGUGCACUAGAGCAGGAGGCUCCAGAGUCGCCGUUUGACGAUUCACCGCUUAUGUCGGUCGAUGCUCCUGAGGUUAAAGACGAGGCUGCUGAGGCGGCGGUUCCAAGGGAGGCCGAAAUUGAGGCUGCUGCAGCUGCAGCCCAGGAUGACGUUGGUCGUCCGAGCUCUGAUCAGGCGGCGGAGUUGUUGCCGAAGCUCAUUCGAUAUACGAAGCUUCUGUUUGCGUCGCGCAAUUUCUUCUUUGCAUAUGAUUAUGAUUUGACGAGGUCAUUCGAGGCACAGGAGGUGCGGAACGGGCAUCAACCUCUUCACAAGGCCGUAGAUCCAUUGUAUUUCUGGAACAAAUACCUCAUGAAUACAUUCAUUGAUAAUGGUGCACAUGGUUUCGUCCUGCCUCUACUGCAGGGCUUUGUUGGACAGCGCGAGUUUACCGUCGCAGCCCCUGAGCAGAAGCCAGCAUCGACCGAAUCUGCUGCUGGAGAGCAACAAGUCGAGGGUCGGAUCCUUGGCGAGAGCCAAGAGACUCAGGCUAUGAAAACCGAAGUACCCAAGCACAAUUAUCUUUUGACUCUCAUUUCACGGCGAUCUGUGAAUCGACCGGGUCUUCGAUACCUGCGCCGAGGAGUGGAUGACGAAGGUAACACAGCGAAUACCGUCGAGACAGAGCAGAUUCUCUCGGUACCUGACUGGGACUCGUCUCACAAUGUGUAUUCCUACCUGCAAUUGCGAGGGUCAAUUCCCUUGUACUUCUCGCAGUCGCCGUACUCCUUCAAGCCGAUGCCAAUACUGCAUCACUCUGCUGAAACGAACCAACUUGCCUUUGGUAGACACUUCCGAGAAUUGAGCCGCCGGUAUGGCAAGAUUCAGGCCGUCUCUCUGAUUGACAAGCACGCUGGAGAGUUGAAGCUGGGAGAACAGUAUGACAGGUAUACUAAUGUUUUCAAUGAGGCAGGUGGUAUCGAUGGGGCGCCACUGCGAUUGGAGUGGUUCGAUUUCCAUAGCGAAUGUCGCGGGAUGAAGUUUGAAAAUGUCUCGCGAUUGGUUGACCGCGUUAAAGAGACGCUGGAAGAGUUCGGAUACACGGCUGUCAAGGACGGUUCUAUUGCACGGAAGCAAACUGGCAUUGUACGAACCAACUGUAUGGACUGUCUUGACCGAACGGGCGUUGCACAAUGCGCUUUUGGUCAGUGGGCACUCGAGCAGCAGCUUCACAACGAGGGUAUUGACAUCGACCUCGGCGGAGACUCGUCCACUCAGUGGUUCAAUACUCUCUGGGCCGAUAAUGGCGACGCCAUCUCCAAGCAAUACUCAUCCACCGCAGCUCUGAAGGGUGACUAUACUCGCACGAGGAAACGUGACUAUCGCGGUGCCCUAAACGACUUUGGCCUCACCCUCUCGCGCUACUAUAACAACAUCGUCAACGAUUAUUUCUCACAAGCCUGUAUCGACUAUCUCCUCGGCAAUGUGUCAACGCAUGUCUUCGACGAGUUUGCCCUGGAGCUUCAAACCACCGACCCGGGCAUCUCUGUGGAAAAGAUUCGGCAAAAUGCCAUAGACACCAGCUGCAAGAUUGUCAUCAGCAGCCCCUCCGAAGAAUUCCUCGGUGGCUGGACGAUGUUGACUCCCCGCCAACCAAACACCCUGCGCACACUACCCUUCGAAGAGUCCGUCCUCCUACUCACCGACGCAGCAGUCUACAGCUGCCGCUUCGACUGGGAGACUGACAAAGUCCUCUCCUUCGAACGUAUCGACCUCCGCUCCAUCUCCCGCAUCCACUACGGCACAUACAUCACCUCCAUCCUGACGGAUAGCCAGUCAGACGAGCGCAGCAACGUCGGCCUGGUAAUCAUCUACCGCGACGGCGACGCUAACGCCCUACGCGUCAACACUCGCUCGUUGCAGUCAAAUGUUCGCCCAGCCACGCUAGAAGCCUCAUCCAGCUCCAACGGCGAGUGGGACCUCGUCUCGUGGCUACGUGGCAGCAAGCGGGCCACCACUCGCUUCGUUGCCUUCAAGUCUGUGCCUACAAAGAACACCCUCGCCAACCCCCGCCUCGGCGCGGUGACUGGUGCCGUCAACGUGCGGGAACUUGACCGGGUCAGAUCUAUUUGUCUGGACAUUGAACGCGCACUGUUGGCUGGGGAUGGUCAGAAUGUUGAGUCUUCGUCCGUUGUGGAACAGUCUGAUAUUAUCUCGUUGGCGGAGGCGAAGAAGAGGACGGGGAUUCUGGAAUAUUUGGUUUAUGAUAUUAAGAAGAUGGUCUGGGCUUGA